GGAAUUGCGACUUAACUUAGUAGUAGUACUGUUUAAUUAGUCAUUAAGCUGCUUGCUUAAUUCCCAAAUAAGAGUUAAGGCCAACAAACAACAAAAGGCCUUAUAGAAAAGCAUCCUUAUUAAUUGGCCCAAAAGCUAAAACAUGUUAGCAGAUUUUUAGCUUUUCCUCCCAAAAGGCCGAAACACUCCAAACCACCACUAGCCAAACAGGAAGAAGAAGAAGAAGAAGAAGAAGAAGAAGAAGAAGAAGACGAGUUGGAAGUUUCUUUUUUAAUUAAAAUUUUUUAGUAUGAAAAAGCAAGAAGCCACAAAUCUGAUUCCACUUUUGCCUACAAACUAUAAGUACCCAACACUUUGAGCAUAUAUAUAUAACAUCAGGGAAGAAAGGAGGAGAGAGGAGAAAAACACAGGAAAAUUUACUAUUUGUCAGUCUCCAUGUCUGACUUAGAAUUUUCUCUCCUUGUUCUUCCCUCAAUCUUGGCUUCACUCCUCAUUUUCCAUCUCUUGGCUAAAAGAUCGAAGCAAAAAUCCUACCAUCUUCCUCCUGGCAACAUGGGUUGGCCUUUUCUUGGUGAAACCAUUGGAUACUUGAAGCCAUACAAAGCCACUACAAUAGGACAAUUCAUGGAAGAACAUAUAUCAAAGUAGACUAUAAUCAAACAGCUUCUUUCUAGCUUUUUUCUUUACUUUUCCUCGAAAUAUAUGGCUAAACAAGUAAAGGGAUGUUUUUUCCAUGCAGGUAUGGAAAAAUUUACAGGUCCAAUUUGUUUGGUGAACCAACAAUUGUGUCAGCAGAUGCUGGGCUGAAUAAGUUCAUUUUGAGAAAUGAAGGCAGGUUGUUUGAGUGCAGUUAUCCAAGGAGUAUUGGGGGAAUUCUUGGGAAAUGGUCGAUGCUGGUUUUGGUUGGAGAUAUGCACAGAGACAUGAGGAUCAUAUCACUGAAUUUCUUGAGCAAUGCCAGGUUGAGGACUCAUUUGUUGCAAGAAGUUGAGAAACACACUCUGUUAGUUCUGGAAUGUUGGAAGAACAAUUCUGUUAUUUGUGCUCAAGAUGAAGCUAAAAAGUUUACAUUUAACUUGAUGGCAAAACACAUCAUGAGUUUGGAUCCUGGAAAGCCAGAGACAGAACAGCUGAAGAAAGAGUACAUCACAUUUAUGAAAGGAGUUGUGUCUGCCCCUUUGAAUUUUCCUGGAACUGCUUACAGAAAAGCCUUGCAGUCUCGAUCAAUAAUCCUUCAAUUCAUUGAGAGAAGAAUGGAGGAGAGGAUCAAGGCUAAGUGUGAAGAUGAAGAUGAUUUACUUGGAUGGGUCCUGAAGAAUUCCAAUCUUUCCAAAGAGCAAAUUCUUGACUUGGUGCUAAGCUUACUCUUUGCUGGACAUGAAACUUCAUCUGUAUCUAUAGCAUUAGCCAUUUACUUUUUGCAGAGUUGUCCUAUAGCAUUUCAGGAAUUGAGAGAGGAACACAUAGAAAUCGCCAAAGCCAAGAAGCAAUCUCAAGAAACAGAGCUGAACUGGGAUGAUUACAAAAAGAUGGAAUUUACUCAAUGUGUUAUCAGUGAGACACUAAGACUGGGCAAUGUGGUAAGGUUUCUCCAUAGAAAAGCUCUGAGAGAUGUGCGGUAUAAAGGGUAUGACAUUCCAUGUGGGUGGAAAGUGUUACCGGUGAUCGCAGCCGUGCAUUUAGAUCCUUCACUUUUUGACCAACCUCAACAAUUCAAUCCGUGGAGAUGGCAGGUAGACCAUAACUACAAGGCUCUACCAGCCCAGCUAUGUUCUGCAUUAUGAUAUUCUUUUCGAUUUCAAUGUUCAUUGCGGAAGUACUGUAUUUGGUUCACUAGACUGGAUUAAUCCAAUAUUUUAUUUGAUUGAAUUCUUGGUUGAUGUAUCUCUUUUGAGUCAAUGCCCCUUCGGUUUCCAUAUAUUGGCCCUCAAAAUACAGGCAAAACCAUCAUUGAGAACUUGUAUAUAUUCUUGACAGUAUAUGCAAACUCAUAAAAAGUUGUCAAUUUUUUUUUUCUGUUUUUGAGGGAAAGUUCUCAUAAAUUUUAAUUAUCUCUCUGAAACUUUUGAUUUUUUUCUUUUUAUUGACCUCUUUCGAUGGAGUUAAAUUUGACUUUGUAGUAACUUCAUAUGGAAAAAAUAACAGUAGCAAAAAUAUUUAAUCAUGGUUGGUUGUCCACUUUUCACUUCUUUUUUCCGCCAACCAUUUAGUAUUUUUUUUAUUUUUUUUAUUUUUUUGGUUGGCUGGUUUAGUGAAAUUAGUUAGUGUUGGAUGAGAGCAAAAAAGUGAAAAUUGAAAAAAGGAUACGACAAGAAAAAGGAAUCCCAGUGGAAGAAGAUCAUCAUUGGAUCCAAACCAAUCUAAUGUUGCUUGUACUCAUAUUUUUUAAUACUAUUGUUUUGAUGUAGUAACAUUCUUGACUAAGCGCUCAUCUCCUAUUAAAAUUUGGAAAGAAAAAAAUACAAACAAAAACAUAAUUAGGUCAUCAUGAUAAGUGGUAUUUUGUGGAUUUGUGUUGCAGGAUAUGAAUAGAGGAUCUUGUUACACGAAUGGUUCAAGUUCAAGCAGUACCACAGCAUCAAGAAGUAGUAGCAACAAUAACUUCAUGCCGUUCGGCGGAGGACCACGGCUUUGUGCUGGAUCCGAAUUGGCCAAACUUGAGAUGGCCGUGUUCUUACACCAUUUGGUGCUCAACUUCCAUUGGGAAUUAGCCGAUUCGGAUCAAGCUUUUGCCUUCCCAUUCGUCGACUUCCCUAAAGGCCUCCCCAUUUUAGUACAACACAAACACAACCCUUUUCCCACUUCAUAAACUUGCCCCCCCAAAAAAACAAGAAAAUACCCAACGCGCAAAACAGUGACCUCUGCCUCUAUCUCAGCCUCUCAUCAGUCUCAAGUUUGAUGAUAUAUAUAUCUUUACAAAAAGAAGAACAGAAAGCAUAUUUGGAUGUUGAUGAAGAUAAAGUUAGCGAGUGACGUGUUUGGCAUUUUCCAACGGCAAAAGACGCAAAAUGUUAAAAAGCUUCUUCUGGCUUUACUCUGAAGUUGGGAUGGAUGGAAUAUUGCUGCACCAGUAGAACCAAACGGAUCCCAUGUACACAUACAACUGCACUGCAUGCGCCAUGCGGUAUAAAAUUAAAAGAUUUUUCAUUAUUUUAGGACCACUCCGGCCCCUCUCUUGUUAGUCCUUCUGUAAAUUGUUCUCUUCCUCUACUCUCUAUUGGGUUGUUGAGAUGAGCUAGUAAAUAUUAUUGGUAUAUUAUAUUAUAUAUAUUUUUGUUUUCAUUCUCUGUAAUUUAUCCGAAAAUAUAAAAAUCGUCUUCUAUUUUUUGAUUCUGUCAUCCAACAGAAUCCUUUGUAAUGAUCUACUGGACCACUGCUACUUAUGGCAUCCAUCAUACGUUUGAGCUUCUUCUCUUCUUAACCUUGGAAAACAGAUUAUGUUGAAAAUGUGGUGAUGGUGUCACCUGAAUUGCAGAUUUCCAACCAGGUAAAUUUCAUCGAGUUUCUUUGAAAUUGCAGUACUGCCUGUCGAUUCCCGAUUUGUAAAUUUCGUUUGAAGUGAUUCAUUUCGUUCUGAAAUGCACACCAAAUUAGAGAAGGAAACGAUGAAGUUUUUUCAUACACUGCUCUCUGGGAUGUUAUGAAACUAAUGUUAACAGGAUAAAAGACAUACUGGCUGUCACAUGUAUAAGAACAGGAAAACACAACGCAAGAUGUUUACGGUAGAAUACUUGUAAAAGCCAUUAUGUGAUAAGCAGAUCAUACUUACGAAGUGAUAGAAAAGCAUAGCGGCAUAGCCAUAGCCUCUACCUUCUUCUUAUUGACAGCUAUGGAUUUACAGAGGAAUAAAGGUGUACAUUUAGGCUUUUGCGCAUGCAGCGCAAAAUAUCUAGGUGGAUUCUUGGUUAGACUGGCAUGAAUGAGAUGGACGUGGUGGAAUGCUCUGCUCAUUCCUGAAGUAAUCAUCAGGAUCAACCAUGGUCUUCACAUUGACAAGUCUGUCAAAAUUAUUCCUGAAAUAGGGACCACCCCAAAUCCUUGCCUUUUCCACACUGGUCUCGCCAAUAUUAUUUACUCCCAAAUCAAGGUCUCUGUAAUCAGCAUAUGCACGUCUCGGGUUAUUCUCCACAAACUCUCCGAUAACGCUGUGGAGUUUUCUUGCUGCUGCAAAACGCUCCUGUGCCAGCUCUGGCGAUGUUCCCUGCCAUUGAACCUUCUUGAAGACCAUGAAUAUGUUUUCACCUCUGUGUGGAAAUGGGAUCUCAGAUGCCGGAAUCGCAGCCAUUCUUGCCCCAAAAGGUGUCCAAUUCAUCUGUACAGGCGGGGAAGGUAUUUCAAGUAAAACAUCCCAUAUUUUCUUAAGCCCCUCCUCUGGGAUGGGCUGUUGAACAAAGUCUGCUGUGGACUUGAAGGAACUCUUUGGGGUGGGAGGAGGAACUCUGGUUAGAAGUAUCCUGUAUGUCGAAUUUAAUGGCAGCUCAAAAAAAUAUGGGAUAAAAUCAACCCAACUACUUAACUGGACGCAGUCCUCUUUAGCCAACCCCAAUUCAGGAAAACUUUCGUUCAUUAUGCCAACAAGCUGAUCAACUCCCCCUUCGAACAGACCAACGAAUGUUGCUUGAACAGUUCUGUUACCUGUUUGAUUUGACUGAACAACCGUUAAUUGGAGUUCAAGGAGCAGGUCUUCUGGUAACUUGUGCGAAACAUUUUGCCAUUUGUAGACAAGUUUUGUGGCAUCUUGUUCUAGGGUUCUUUUGAGACUGAAUGCAGUGACUUCAUUUGAAACCUCAACUAAUCUUAUCUUGUAUUCAAGAAUGACCACGAAACUAGCUCCUACUCCUCCUCGAAUGGCCCAAAAGAGAUCCUCACCCAUGGAUGCUCGAUCCAGAAUUCUUCCAUUUGCAUCGACUACACGAGCAUCAACAACGUUAUCAGCUGCAAGUCCCCAUUUCCUGAGCAAGGGCCCAUACCCUCCUCCGCUAACAUGCCCACCAAUGGCCACAGUGGGAUAGUAUCCAGCUGGGUACGCCAAGGAAGUAUUUACUCUGACUAUGUUGUAGUAUGUUUCACCAAGAGUAGCUCCAGAUCCAACCCAUGCAGUUCGGCUGUUGGCAUCUACUGACACUGAUCUAAAGUUGAACAUGUUAAGGACAAAAAAGGGGACCUCGGCAACAUAAGAACUGCCUUCGAAAUCAUGGCCUCCGCUGAGGAUCCUAACUUGCAAACCAUGCUUCUUCGAGCAGUAUAUUGCUGUUUGGAUCUGUGAUUCAUGAUCAGGAGUGAUAAUCACUCGAGGUUUUGGGGUGCUCGGCAGGGCAAAUCUCAGGUUUUGGACAGUGGCAUUCAAGAUUGAAGAGUAGGAAGUGCUGUUUGGUGUAGAAAUGACAUUGGACAUUCCAAUAGGAUCACUGUGGUUUUGCACUAGGCAACUAAGAAAAUCUUGAUGGGGAUC